CCCCUCUCCCCACAGCGCAGCCCCGCGGCUGCCUCCGCGCCGCUUCCCUCCCUUCGCUCGCUCCCCGCUCCCCCCUGCGCGGUGCCUCGCGUCCCUCCCUCACCCCUCCGGCUGCUCCGGGGGCCCGGCCGCUUUCAGGCGGCGUCAGCAGCAGCGCCCGGCGAGGCGGCGGGGCCCUGCGGCGGCGCGCAGGGAGCCGGCGGUGGCCGCGGCGCCUGGGUGCCGCCAUGUAUUACCGCUUCAGCGGCGUCACGCAGCGCCUGGUCGGGGCGGCCGCCUCCGCCGCAUACAGCCCGCAGGGACUCAAACCAAUAGUUUCCACUGAAUCCCCAGCUCUGAUUUUUGGGACAACAACUAAACUUGCUUCAGAUUUACCAGCAACUGAUUCUUUCUUGGGUAAAAACAAGGUGCCAGACCUACAGAAAAUUUUUCAGAAAGCAGAUGGACUGCCAGUACACCUGAAACGAGGAGUUCCAGAUAGGCUGCUUUAUCGGACCACUAUGGCUCUAACAAUAGGCGGGACUAUCUACUGUCUAGUGGCACUCUACAUGGCCUCACAACCAAGAAACCAAAAGUAAAUGAACUCAUGGGACUCAUGACAUCUGAAGGACCUCCUGCAUGUCUCUCCCCUUUCUUCUUAAUUCUGUGAUCAAUCAUAAAAAGUUCACUAUUCAGAUCAAAUUUCUGGGAGAAACUGUGUUUAAAUUGGUUGCCUUAUGUGCUCUAGAAAUCAAUAUAAACAGACACAAACUCAUCAUCUUAACAUAUGGUUGUAGCUUUGCACUUGUUCUAUUGCAGGAGUGUAUGAACAGUUGGAGAAAGUUAAGUUUUUCCUUCAUCCCCUCCCCCAGUUUCAACAAUGUUAGAGAUGGGACAGAAGAAAUGCUUUCGGGGCUAUGCUCUACAUUCAUUAUUGGGAAGAUGCUACCAGUUUCCAAAACAGUAAAAACAAGUAAUUUAAUUAUUAUAACAUAGCAAGAACCUGUUUCUGUCAUGCACAGCUCAUUUUACAUAACCAGGUGGCAGUGGAACUUCUCCAAAUGCUGGUAUAUUAUUUAACACUUGUACCUCUGAUGGCAGGACAAACGGCUUAGCUCCUUGGAAUAUGUAAACUGGAUUUAUUCCAUAAUGUGAACAUCACAGUAUGUAACAGAAUGCAACAAUAUUGUAGCAUCAGUUGUACACCAGUUUUUGGACUUCCAUUUGUCAAACACUCUCUUGUUGUGCAAUAAAGAUAACCACGUGAAUAAUGGGCAAGUCUUGAAAGUUUCAUACUACUUCAGCUGGCCUUAUAGCAAAAUGUAUUAACGUACUGUUACUCAGGUUCAACUUGCAGAUCUUAAACCAGACAACGGAUUCAGCUGCCCUACUGUAAUCUUUUUGGGAUGCUAAUCCUCUUAAAACUCUAUCUUGGAACAUGUUGGGUCUUUAACUAUAAAAGUUUUGGUGAAACAAGUCACUGUGUUUCAUAGCUCUGCUGUGUAUUAUUUCCAGUGGAUACAUGUAUCCAUCUAUAUACACAUGUAAACACACAUUUCCUCUGCCGCAUGGGUCGAGAUGGAAAGUAAUAAAACCUUUAAUUAAUUUUU